UAGCGAACAGUAAAAAAAAAAAAAAAGGAACUCUGGGGAACUAUAUCACACCGGAGAGAGCUUGUGGUGUUUGGGGAUUUUGAUCUUGUCUUACCCCUUGACGACCCACCCCAGCCCUCUCUGUGUACUUAUUCAUGACAGUCAUGAGUUUGCCAGCUCAACAGAAAGCCAACACAAAGAGGACAGGCAAACGCAUCACUUUUUUUAACGAGCAAGGCGUUGCAAUGAAAGAGGCUUCUCAACAUACAGAGGGCUCCUACUAUACCAUGGGGGCCCCUCCCUCAGAGCAAGGCCACAAUGACGCUGGAGGUGAGGAACGGUCUGCCACAGAAGCAUCACAUAUGUAUCUCAACUCUGUCAUUUUCAGCCCAGAGAAAGGCACUCAGAACCGUGGCCAUUACCAACAGACUAUGCCCAUGAAGUGGUCUCACCAGGACCAACAGCCUCAGCAGAGACCCGUGAACUGGACUCAGGGUGUCACAAUGACAACUUGGGCUCAGAAUUUUACUCCAUACCUUGGAGCGCAGGCUGGGUUUACCAAGCAGCUUAAUGAGGGCAUGACGAUACCACAACAGCCACCGUCCUCCAUUAGGGCAGCUGAAAAGCCCCAACAGGUAUCUACUACAGGUAGUGAAGCCUUUAGGGAUGCCUCUAAGACCAACCGGAGUCUGGACUGGGAACAGCAGCAACAAGCUUUUCAGCAAGGUCACAAACCUGGAGUCUUUAGUUUGCAACAGAACGUGGCCACUACGACUGGGAACAGUUCUGUGCUUCAACCCUUUCAGGUAGCCUUUGGGCAGCCUAAGAAUCUAAACCAAAAUCUGGCCACAGGCUACUAUUCGGUAUACCAGGGCAACAGAACCUUGCAAAAUGUGAAUUACAAUACUCAGUCAAAUUCCCAACAUCAAAUCCAGCAGUUGCCACAACAGGGGCAGCAACUUCAACAGCAGCAUCAGCAGCUCCAGAGACUCCAAAUGCUCCAGAAGCAGCAGCAGAUUCAGCAACAGCAAAUUCUUAAGCAGCAGACGCAACAGCUAGCACAACAACAACAUCAUCAACUACUGCAGCAGUCGCAGCAGCAAGCAAAACAUUUAAACCAGGUGCAAAUUCAGCAGCAAUUGCAGAAAUCUUUACAUCAGCAACAAAUGCAACAGUCACAGAGUCAACAAAAAUCUGAACAACAAAAGCAACAGAAUCAGCAAGCUGUCGGAUUUGCUUCUGGCGCUCAACAGCUACAGGCACCAUCACAGACUGAACAGUCGAACUCUCAGUCGACAGGGCAAUCCCAGGAUCUUUCCGAACCACCAUCCACGCAAUCGCAGAACCUUGUCCCCCAGCGACCUGCUAGCCUUCCUCAGCCAUCCAUGCAGCAGCCUGGACCACGAAGGUCUCGGCGCCUUUCCAAAGAGGGUGGCGGACCACUGUCGGAGAACCCCAUCCUCAUGCCUGCUGAGCAACAGACUCGAGGCUCUCACAAUGGAGCCUCUGAAGCAGGUGAAGCCGGUGCCAAGCAGGCCAUCCGUGCUGCCCCUACAGGAGUAAUUCAAAGCACACGGCGAAAGAGGAGGGUAUCCCAGGAGGCCAAUCUAGAGACUCUUGCUCAGAAGGCUUCGGAAAUGGAGUCCUUACCCUCCCAGGUCAAGGACCCCCACAGGCCCUGGAGUCCUCCAGCAUCUGGCCCUAAACAAGGGGAUGGACAGAUCGAGGGUGUCGGUGCUAAAAGGCCCAGAGAUGAAAGCCUGAUGCCUCUCGUAAUCCCAGUGUCAGUUCCUGUGCGACCGGCAGACUCUUCUUUUUUAGACCAGGAGCAGACCUCUCUCUCGGACAGCCUGCCUCUCCGGACGAACGACCCCAGUCGCCCCGAUCACAAACCCUCGGUCAUCGUCACCCGUCGUCGCUCCCUACGCAACUCGGUAUCUGAGAGCUCCAGCCAGAAUGGUGGACCAGAGAGUGGUGGCGAUGCUGAUAACAAGUCGGCUAAAGGAAAACGACGGCCUCGGCCGGAGCCGCUGUUCAUCCCACCGCCCAAAGUGAGCACGCUGAUCGCACCACCAGUUUACUCCAGUAUCACGCCCUAUCAGAGCCACCUGCGAUCACCUGUACGGCUCAUGGAUAACCCACUCACCCUACCCCCGUAUACCCCUCCGCCCAUCCUCAGCCCCGUGAGAGAAGGUUCAGGUCUCUACUUCUCUACCAUCGUUUCUGCUGCUGCCAGCACUCAGUGCUUUCCACCGCCCGCUACGCCCAAAUCAGCCACACGCAGCCUGCUCCGCUCAAACAGCAUUGAGAUUACACCUCCAGUGCUCUCUGCCAUGAGUGAGGCUACACCAGUCAGCGUCGAGCCGCGCAUAAAUAUUGGACUGCGGUACCAGGCGGAGGUGCCUGAGCUGAGGGAUCGUUCGGCUGCGCAGCUCGACCCACACAAAGCUGAGCUGGUGUGGGCGCCACUGCCUGAGCUGGAAUCCAAAAGACAGCAGCAAGAGAGAGUGGAUGACCUCAUGCACCUGGCCUGCUCCAGUGCACUGUCUGGCGGAGGGACCAACCAGGAGCUGGCCAUGCACUGCCUCCAUGAGUGCAAGGGUGACAUCAUGGCAGCCUUGGCCCUUCUGCUGUUGAAAAACCCAAUCUUUCCCAAAUCACAUCCCCUGGCAGACUACCACUACUCUGGCUCAGACAGCUGGACACCCGAGGAGAGGCGUGUUUUCAACAAAGGCAUCGCUACUCACAAGAAGGAUUUCUUCAUGGUGCAGAAAAUGGUGAACUCCAAGACUGUAGCUCAGUGUGUGGAGUUCUACUACACCUACAAGAAGCAGGUGAAGAUCGGCAGGAAUGGCACUCUCAUGUACGGUGAAAUGGAGCUUCCUGAAACCCAGCCCACAGAGGAGGAGGUGGACUGUAAAAGUUCACAGAGAUUUGAAUUGCGAAAAGAAGAGAACAAGGACAGGAAGUGGGAAGAGUCAGUUGACAGGAAGCGAGAGAGCAGCCCUGAGAGAGUGUCACAAUCUUUACAUGCCAGUGAAAAUGUCAGUUCUGUCGUUCAUGUGAGGAAUCAGGUGGAUGAAAGGCAGAAUCACCCCGUGUUGACGACCAGCCAUACUGUCAGCCAAAACUUCAGCCAUACAGCCAGCCAUGCCCCCACGACCCUUCCCCACAAACCCCGUCCCGAAAGCACGACACGGAAGAGCGGGGCUGGGACGAAAGGGUCCGCAGGACAGGAAGGGGAAUUUCCAUGCAAAAAGUGUGGAAGAGUGUUUUUCAAGGUAAAGAGCCGGAGUGCCCACAUGAAAAGCCAUGCUGAGCAGGAGAAGAAAGCGGCGGCUCUCAGGCAGCGGGAGGCCGAGGAGCGAGCAGCGGCGGCUGCAGCGGCGUUAAUGGCUGCCCAGCAGAACGGAGCACGGGGGGAGCAAUUGCGGCGGGCCAGCAGUGAGGACUCCUCAGAUGAGGAGGACUCUUCAGGUGACGAUGACUGGAACUAGCAAAGGCUCUUCAGGGUGGUGCGGUGGGUGAUUCAGACCUGGUCUGAUACAAUGUUGUGAUGAGGGCAUUGCAGAGCUGGAGGAUUUGGACUUAUUCUGCAUAUAGAGAAAUAUCUUCAGGGACUAAUGUA